GUUAGCUCAGCCAGACGCUGCAGCCGGAGAGACGCAACAUGGCGGAGAGAGGCAGCGAGAAGCCGCGGUCCGAACGUUCUCCAGCCCCGCAGUAGAACUGCUCGGUGUUGGCCAGGUUUUACCGCUUUAAAGCGAAAGGAGACAACUUCAAGAGACAAACGGCUGUGGAAAAUAGUCGCGAGGGAGCUAUCUGAGAUGAGCCGACACGCGACAGGCGUCCAGGGGUCGGUACAGGAGUGCCCCCCCUCCCCGCCGCUGCCUGCGGAUCAUGUGCUCCACUCUGCAGCCGUGUUGUUCCCUGGUGCUUUUGAUCAACAUGGCUGCCCUUUGAUCGUGUUCCCAUUAGAGGAACAAGCCAAACUCUCCUCAGAACUCAGCAAAGCAGAAGUGGUGGACUUCAUAAAUUACUUUCUGGGUCUGCACAAUAGGAAGCAGGAGAAGGAGGGCUUGGUGUCAGUGGUGGCUGAUCUGAGGCAUGCAUCCCUCCAAACCUCCAGGUUCAUCGCUGAUACUCUGCUCCUGCUCGAGCUGCACAAGAGGACCGUCCACAGUGUGUACAUAAUUCAGCCCAAAAAGAAGGAUGUUGUGAAGCUGUUGCUGAAGCUCCUGGCUCCGUCAAAGUGCUACACUGCCUCAUUCAAGAAAGUCCUUCUGAAAGAAAUCUCAGAGCUCUCCAACUACAUUGACCGAAGCCAGCUAACGCCAUCGCUGGGCGGCUACCUCAUGUACUGCCACCAGAGCUGGGUGGCCUUCAUUAAGGAGGUGGAUGAGUUUGUUCAGGACUUCCUGUCGGUGGUCCAGCGGCUGCCCUCGUGUAUCUCCACCCUGCAGGCUCUGUCCAGGCUGCCGCUGCCCUCCACCUCCAGAGAGCUGCAGCACUUCUGCUGCACCAAUGAAGCCACGUUCCUGCAGCUCAGGAGGGAGCUGGGUCUGGAUGAGCUGCUGAGGCACUGUGAGGGUAUCGUGGAGAAGCUGCGGCACCCUGAGAAAGAGCCCUGCUACCAGGCCAUGGCCGGCACCGCCCUCUUCAGCCACACCGCCUUCGACAUGCUGCGGAACCACAGCAGGAUCUGUGCAGCAGUGGAGAAGGUGGAGCAGCUGUGGCAGCAGGCCUUCUCUAAGGCCCGCCUCCAGCUGCAGGUGUUCCAGUUGCGAGAGGAUGCUCUACAGAUCACAGAGCAGAUCAAAACUCUUCUCCAGGAGAAACUCCAGCCCUACAAAAUAGAGAUUGCCAAGGAAGCUGCCGAGGCGGGGCUGCUGGUGUCCCGGUUCGAGGCGUCCAUUCACAGACCUGCUAUGGCUCUGGUCCGUUGUGCUGAAGAUGUGAUCCACACUGUGGAGGAGGUGCUGCUGCUGGACGGGCAGAGCAGGGAGCGCUGGGUUAUGGAUGUGGAGCGGCUGAAGGACAAGCUCCACUCUGCGGUUCACUUCAUCCUGCAGACCCUGAGGGUGGUCUCCAGCUACCACCAUCACUACAGCAAGGCCAGCAGCUGGUACCGUCUGGUUCUCAGCGAGAACUUCCUGCAGGCUCUGCUGUCAGGAGUUAACGGAGACAGCGGUUCCAUGCAGAGGAGGAACUAUGGCACCAUCCCUGCAUGGAGGUACAAGAUGUCCACCUUCCUGAAGAAGAACCCCCCUCCAGAUGUGGAGGAGCUGGUUCAUCUGGCACAUCUGUCCCUUGCCAUCCCAGAUGAUGACGUCCAGCAGGCAGGGAAGAAGAUGUCUCAGAGGUGCAUGACCCUGAGGAAGCUCCUCAUGUCCUCUGGCCCCGUGGCUGUGGGGCCGCUGCAGCGGGCCCUACAGUGGCAGUACGAGCUGUUGCGGAACAGCCAAUUUGCCCCCCCCCCUGAUGAUGGUGAUUCAAACGGAACAGCUAAAGAAGUUCAGGACCUCACUAACGGUGUAAAGGAACAGAAAGCAGCCCAUCUUCCCCAGACUGUCUCUGCUUCAGCUGAGGGCAAACCCCCCUCCCUCAGCUCCUUCGACUCAGGCUUCGAUGGAGCUGGGGGCUGCCAGUUGGAGGCCUGGGGGGGGAAGGAAGGAGUGGAGAGUCUGUGCACAUCAGCUGGGAUUAGGGACUCUGUGAGGCCCGCCUCGAGUCAGCCUCAAAUCCACGAGGAGAACGUCUCCAGUGUUUCCGAUCCUGAAGACCUCAGAGAGGAGUUUGGCUCCUUGGGGAACUCAUCCAGGGCGAGCAUCCACAUCAUCCCUAAAGUCACCGUGGAUUCCCUCAACCUGGAGAUAAAAGUGAAGCGCUCAGCCGCCCUACCCAGUAACCCCUGGCUCAGCUUGCCGGUGGACAAUCUGGAGAACUCGUACACGGUUACCAUCACGCAGAACCCGACGCCGCACAAGAGAGACCUUCAGUUGGAUGGCUCCGACCCCUGCAGGUGCCGGGACCAGCCCACACAGAGGGACGUGUUGAGCCGCACACAGCCCACAGACUGGGCCCUGCACUCUCAGAGCAGCUUAGAGGACCCUGAACUGAGUCCCGUUCGCAAAGUCCUCUCCAGCACCAUCACAGAGGGCCGAGAGCGCUCCAUCCUCACCACAGAGGGGGGCCCCACUCUCCUCUGGGACUCCUAUGACCUCCAUGAGCAGGUUCAGGAUGCUGUGGAUGGUGUGAUGGAUAUCUCUCUGAAUGACUGGGAGGUGAAGGAGCAGGAGGGUCUGAUGGAAGUGGAGCAGAUCCUGGUCAGGGCGGAUGAAAUGCUGGAGAAAGAGGAGAACGUCCUAGCUCAGGAGGCGGUGCUGGAGGCCCUGCUGAGGGCCGAGGACAGGGACCAGUGGCCCCUGUGGGACAGCGAGUCCCAGCUCAGUGCGAUGUCCUCCAGUGAGCUGGCAGAGGCUGGUGUUCUAGGCCUCCAGGAUGACCUGGACCCUGCAGAGUCCGACCAACUCAGUGAGCCCACAUCAGCUGGGUCUGCGGGUGGAGCUCAGGCUUCUGAAGAUGAGGGGCUCCACACUGAUACAGCAGUUUUUCACAGCAGGCCGGACCUGCUGACGGAGUUAAGGAAAGUCCACAUCCUGGAUGAGCUGAUCAUGGAGGAGAACAUGAAGAUCCACAAGCUGCGGAGCUGCAUAGAAAGCCCAGAAGAGUCUGCGAGCAAACCUUCAAUCACAAACGAGACGAACAAAGAGAGGGAGGCUUUCAGGGUACAACUGGAGAAGGAGAAAAGGGAGGUGGAGAAGCUAGAGAAGAGCUUGGACAACGAGCAGAGGGUGAAGAAGCACAAGGACGGCGCUAAAAAGGUUGUAAAAUGUUCUAUUAUGGAGAAGGCUAGAAGUGAGACCAAGGAGGACAAAGCACUCUGUGAUGAGCUUUUAUCAGGAAGUUGUAACGGAUCACUGAGAACUCAUCCUAUAGCGUCAGUCCAGACUGAUCCCCAGGGUCAGGAUUCCUGUGAGGCUGAACAUAUUCUGUUAGACCCCGAUGCUGCCAAAGAGGCUACCCCACAAGACUUGGUUCAACUUCCUGAUUCGGAAUGUCAAGAGGAUAGCCCUGAAGCUGAGCCGUCAGUAUUUAAUAGACAUACUUUAAAUAAUACCUCUGAUUUAAAGGUACCUCAUGAAGAGUUGUGUAUCCAACCUCUGGGAUGUAUCUCCGAUAACGAAUCAGACGGAUCAAGUGAAAAUGCUUCUCCAGCCUCUGAGAUCAAGCUAGAUUAUGGAUCAUUUGACCCAGGAGGAAAACCCUCCCAUCUUCCCGUGCCUAAGCCAAGGAACGCUUCCCUUCCUGUGAACAACAACCUCCAACAUGAACCCCCCCACUCAGAGCUGCAGAAUCCAGAGUGGCCCUCUGUUGAUCAAGAUCCUGGUUCUGUGCAACGUGAUCUGCAAGAUGAACCACAUGAUGCACUGCCAGAGAAUGUGACUGCAGCUGUCCUUCACAGCUUUGUUCUCAAUCCAAAUGUGAAGGAGCACACUAACAACAACAAUAACAACCAUGCACUCACUGAGGAACGCAACACUCCUUCAGACACUGAAGAUGAAGGGGGUGCAUCAGUGGGAGCUGCAUGUUUGCUCCAGACAGGUUUGCAGCCAGCAGAGGAGGUGCAGGCUCUGUCUCCUGCAGCGGCGCCGUCGGCCCCCCAGCUGCCCCCUGCCCUGCCCCCUGACCUGCCUCCGGAGGUUGAACCUGGAGGGAGAGCGGACUUCCUGGAUGCUGUUCAGAGCUCUGAGGCCAUGAGGGGACCAGGCUCAGGGAUUCAAGCCCAGCUCAACAUCAACAUGACACAGAUGACAGAUUUUAAGACCCCCAUAGUUCUGGAUACGGGCUCUGGUUUGAUGAAAGCAGGAUUUGCAGAUCAGGACCUCCCAAACAUUAUAUUCCCAACAAUCAUUGGGAUGCCAAAAUACGAGGAAAUAAUGAACGGUAACCUUGAGAAGGAGACCUACAUUGGACACGAGGCUCAGCACAUGAGAGGGGUCCUGGCUCUGAGGCAUCCCAUAAAGAACGGGAUCAUUCGCAACUGGGACGACAUGGAAAAGAUUUGGCAUCACACGUUCCAGCAGCUGGGUGUGGACCCGAACGAUCACCCUGUCCUGCUGACGGAGGCGGCCAUGAACCCCCUGGGGAACCGGCAGCGCAUGGUGGAGAUCAUGUUCGAGUGCUUCAAUGUUCCCUUCACAUACGUGGCCCUGCAGGCCGUGCUGGCCCUUUACGCAGCGGGGAGAUCCACCGGUGUGGUGUUUGACUCUGGAGACGGGGUGAGCCACAGCGUGCCGGUGUUUGAGGGAUACUGUCUGCCUCAUGCAGUGCAGCGCUUCCCUCUGGCUGGUGUAGAUGUUACAAUGCAUCUGAAAAAGCUGCUGCAGGAACAAGGGGUCAGCAUGCGCACCUCAGCGGAGAUGGAGAUAGUGAGGGAGAUGAAGGAGAAGUGCUGCUGUGUGGCUCUCAACUAUGAAGCUGAGCUGAGUCAGGGGGGGGCGUCCAGCGGAGAGAUGCAUUACAACAUGCCGGAUGGACAGAUCGUCACCCUCAGCUCGGAGAGGUUCAGGGCCCCUGAGAUUCUCUUCAAACCCGAGCUGAUUGGACAGGACCAUUAUGGGAUGCAUGAGAGCGUUUACAAGUCAAUCCUCAGCUCAGACAUUGACCUGCGGCGCAGCUUCCUGGGAAACAUCGUCCUGUCAGGCGGAAACACUCUGCUGCCCGGCCUUCCUGAGCGGCUCCAGGCUGAAAUCAAAGGACUGGUUCCCACGGACACGGGGGAGAGCGUUCGCGUCACCAGCCCCAAGGACAGAGACUUCUCAGUGUGGAGCGGGGGGGCAGUGCUGGCCAACCUGCCCGCCUUCAGCUCCGCCUGGAUCAGCCAGGAGGAAUACGAGGAGCACGGGCCGCAGAUCGUCUUCAGGAAGUGCUUCUGAGACGGCCUGAGGAACGUUAAGUGCAAUAUCACACCGCUCUAAUACAGUAGCCAUUAUAAGCCCUUUUUUUUUUUUAAAUAUUUGUCUUAUGUAUUAAGUUUACCCUCUCUUCAUUAGUGUGGAUCCUCAUUUGUGAACAUUUAAGAGACACGAGGGUUUCUCUUGACUUGCUGCUCUUUUGACGGCUUUUCUACUUUGAUCCACAAAACCUGGGAGGGAGGCAACUGGAGUUUGUGUCAUACAAUUCCUGUCAGUCCAUGUGAUUGUCCCUCAAUACAUUUUACCUAUGUCUAAAGUUUCCUAUUUGGGAAUAUAUAUAUGUCUCAAUAAUUUAAGCACAAGUUUAUUGAUGUUUUUGGGACUAGAAUUGAAGCUGGCCUUUAAUCGAUGUCUGCCAACUUGUUUCCAGGAUAAGCAUAUGAGGGACAUGAGAACUAAAUAUGCUGACUCCAAAAAUAUGUUUUAAUCUAAUAUCAAAUGAUGGUGUAUUUAUUCAACAAUUUCUUUUAAUUAAUUUGCUACAACAAACUGUCUUUAUGUGUGUUAGACAUGGUGAUGGUUGCAUUCAUUUUGAAACCGGGGCCAGUGCAGCUGUGUCAUGUUCACAAUGACACAGCUGCACUGGCAUUCAAUCAUUCUUACAAUGAGUUUUACGGCCAAUGUUAGGAAAAACAUGUUCUCAUAAUACCAUGACUUAGUACUCAUGAUACCAUGACUUAGUACUCAUGAUACCAUGACUUAGUACUCAUGAUGUUGCUCUUUUUCCCAGAUUUUUUUCUUGAAAUGUUACUAUUUUUUAUUCAUUACAUUUUAUUGUAACAUUACAACUUUUUUUCCUCAAAAAUGCAUUACUUUUCAAGUUUUUUUUUUCUUUCCUGUCUUUAUAUCCUGAUGUUUUUCAAAGUAUUUUUCAUGAUUGAACAUUUUGGGGUGUAAUGGUUUAUUCUCAAUUUCUUACAUGUUUUUUUUUUUUCCUAGCAGUGGCCCUAGUAAUUCCAAAUCAAAAGACCACUUACUGUUGCAGUAAUAUUUACAGGAGGGAUGAAAAUGUGGAUUUGUGUUAUAAGAAGCAUGUGUUCAAGAAAACUGCUGAGUCAUGUGUCACUCAGAUGUUGCAUGAUCCUGCACUUAAGUCAACUUUUGGUUAGAGAACAUAUUUCUGUAUCUGGUAAGGAAGUGCAGAUCCAUGGAGGAAGAUGUGAUGAACAGUAUGGACGUGUUGUGCCUGUCACUUGAUCUCAGUCUGUUGAAUCAGCAGAUGUUAAUGCUACUGCUGCAGGUACAGUGUGGUGUCUAAAGUUUUCUAUUAGAGUGCAGUGUAUUGCCACUAAUUUGUUUUUUUCUCAAAUGUUAUCUGAGAUAAAAACCGUGUUUGUGUGGAUGUUUUAAAACUUGUACAGUAGUGUCGAUUUCAGUGAAGUGUGCCAACAGUGCCAAAACUUGUACGUUUUUAUUUUUCACCAUGGAUCCUUAAAGCCCUCUGCCGAACCUGUGUAUAUUUAUACUCUGUUCUUUUUGGACUGUUUAUCAUUUGCAUGUAGUUGUUUUGUUGCAUGUUGUUUAUUUGAACCUUUUUUGCAUGUAUUGUCUUUAUGUUUGAAGAUGUUUUGUCUCUCCAACCACAGGGUAAUCAUGUGACCAAAACCAUAGUAUUUAUGUCUAGUCUGUUUGUUUUUUUAACAAUAAAUAUUGUAAUCCUUA